ACUGCACCCCCUUUUUCCUUCCUCCCCCCCAUCCCCCAAGCUACAACUGUUCUGGCUCCGUUGACAGGAGGCCGGUCGACAGGAAGCCAGCCGAGCCCGCGGAGCCCACCGCCAACAAGAGCCGCGUCCACGGGGGCGAGACGAGCGCAGCCCCGAGUCUCGGGAAAAUCGUCGACAUGCCGCUGAUCGCGUCGAAUCUGAUCGCGGUCGGACCGGCCGAGCCAAAGCCAACGCGGCCGAGUGUCACCAGGUCGCCGGCCAUCAAGAAGCCGGACAACGAAAAGCCAAGGAUCACCGCGAGCGCGGCCACCAAGAGCCUCGGGGGCGUCGAGCUGAAGCUCGCUCCGAUCGGCAGGACCGAGGCAAAGGCGCAGGAGACGGCGUCGAGGUGCCUCGCCGAUCUGGCCGAGCGCAAGGUGGAGGGCGAGGCGGUGCAGGAGAAGAGAAUGUGCUCGGAGAGCCGGGAGUCGGCCGGCGAGCCCGACGGCAAAGCCGACGAGGAAGUCGUGGCUGAGCCCCCAGCCCUGCCCAAGAGCCCGCCGCCGGUGCUACCCGACGCCCCUGUGGCUCAGCCGUCGUUUUUGUACAGCGCCAAGCCCGCCGUGCCCCAGAAACCGGCCACGCUGCCCGCCAAGGUCGUUGGCUCGAGCUUGGCCUCGCUCCUCAGUGAGAACCGAGCUUACGAGUACAAGCUCAGCCAGGCCGCCGCAGGUGAGGCUGGGCCCCUCGCCCACUCGCGCAGCGAGAGUCAGCUUCUGGCAGCGGUCGAUCGGACCAGUCCCAAGAGACCUGGGGACGCUGACCUACUCUUCAAGGCCAGUGUCGUCAAAACUGUACUGAAGGACGAACAGGCCGAAGCGGAGGACGCGGAAGAGGACGAGGGGGAGAGUAGCGAGGCUUCGUCGUCGUCGAUGGGUGAACAGCAGCAGCGGCAGCAGAGGUCGAGCAAGCGGCGCCAGGCCCCGUUGCCGCCCCACUCGCCGGGGUCCCCUGGGCCAGGGGACAACACCUCGGGCUCGAGUCUGUUCACCCGGAAUCCCAACCUGAGCCCGAGCAACGGAGGCGCCAAGCCCGACUGUCCCGUCGUGCGGGAGAAGGAGAAGCGCGAGCGCGCCUCCAGCUGCAGCCCCAAGUUCCGUGGGCAGCCCGCCGGGGUCUGCGACACCCCCGAUCCGGUUGCGCCCGAGCCCGCGCCGAGGAGGAACGUGUCGGUGUCCCAGGACAGCCUGGCUGCGGCGACGGUCACGGUUGCUGCGGCCGUCGCUGGCUACGAGAGGGCGGAGGAGAAGCAGAAGAAGGUCCGCUCCAAGUUCUCCCUGAAAAAGUUCCUCGGCCUGGGAUCCAGAAAGGACGUGGACAUGACGUGCGGAAGCUUGAGUCUGCGCAGCGACGAGAUCCCGUCGACGCCCCAGCCGAAACCGAGGCUGGAGAUCAUUCAUCCGCUCGAGUUGGACGGCGCGGCCGUGCAGGUUGUGCGAAACGACCAGAUAAACAGCACCGGCAGCGAAAACGCGUCAGUGACUACGACGGCGGAUUCCAGGAGGGAACAUCAGAGCGUUAGUCCAAUUGGCGGAGUCAGCCAUGCCGGGCAGCACGUUGCGACACGACCGGGUAAGCCACCGCCACCACCGCAAGCUCAAUCCUUGGACGAAUCGUUGCGAUCCCGCCAGGUACCGCCAAAAACACAGCAGUCCAGCGGCAAGUCGCUCGUAAGCAAGAGCUGGCAGCCGAACAGCGGCUCCUCGGCCUCAGACUCGAUUUACGCGAACUUGGGGCCCGCAGCAGUAGCAGCGGAGGAUGUUGCAGGUGUCGGGCGGAGCGGCCUGGCGCCGAUCAAGCCGAGGCGCACCUCAAGCAUGCGCGACCAAUUGAACAGCAGCACCUCGAGCAUCGUGUCCUCGUCGUCGUCGUUAUCCGUCGACUCGAGCCUCAACGGGCCGAGGACACCGAUCGCCGUGCCGAUCUCGCAGCACCAAUCGACCCUGGGUACGCUCAUCCCGCCCUUCCACACUCGCCGGCACCAGCAAGCAACGUCGGACCUGUCGGUGUCGAGCGACGGCUUUUCAAAGAAAGACGACAACGGCAACGUGGGUGUCUACUGCAACGGCUUGAGUAUCGAGCUGCGCCAGGGCGGUACCAAUUACCCGAUCGCCAAGCGGCAAUCGGACAGCGGUGCCCUCGAGUCCAACGGCAACUCGAGCGAGUUCAAGUUCCAGCCGAGCUUUGCGCGCUCGAGUUCUCUUCCCUACUGCGCCGGCGAGACCGACGCUGACAUCUAUCCCUUGGAGGGCUCCGAGGACGGCUCGCGGAUCGGUAGAUUGAGGCACAAUCGGCGAGGUCGUAGCAUAGUGCACCGCACUUUCGAGGACAACUACGGCGCCGUGGUGGUGGCCAAUCACAAGGCCCUCGCGCAAUUUUUGGAUCAGAUGAACCAAGGACCGGCAGUGCCGGCGUGCCUGCGAGCUCUCAAAUCGGCAAACUUGCAGAUGCAGGACUUGACGAUCGACCAGAACUCCGCGCUGAAGACGGACCGACGGGUCUUCUUUUCGGGGAUGUGGAACGAUCAGAGCGUCACCGUGUGCGUGGCCUACGAGCACCCGAGCUCGUUGCACGUGCUGUCGAGCAACAACGAGUUUUGUCUCGUGCCGAUCGUCGAGUUCGUCGACACUGUACCCAAGGACGUGGCGGACGCAGCUCCGAUCGCCUACAAAAAGUGCUCGGAAGCGACGAUCUCGAUCUUUCCACGGCUGCAAGUCAACACCGUAAAGUCCUUUGCCGAAGCGAUGCGUCUGGAGAGCAGUUGCGGUAAGGACGAGCAAGUGACCAGGGAACCUCUGUUUGUGCUGCUGCAGCUUGUAAGUGCUUUGAAGAGCUUGCAAGCUCGUGGAAUCGAGGAGGCGCCGAAAACGCUGAGCAACUUUGUCCUCUGCCGAGAGGACAAGGAUGCCUACCAUCGGCUGUACUUGCUGUUCCAAGGGUGAGUGGUUGCUUUGCGAUGCUUGCAGUUGGUAUAGUGUUUCUAACGAAUGGCUAAAACCGGUGAUUUUCUGUGUUUGAGCAGCAGCGGUACUCUGAGCAUCGACAACUGCGAGAACAACGAGGAGGUGUGCGUGUCGCUGUGCCAGUGUGCGCUCAGCGCCUACGAGGAGUUUGAUCUCGCGAAAAAGUUGCCCAUCAUCCAGGAACUGCUCAUGCGAGAAAAAGCAGAUACGCUCUCUCAGGUGAAAGCUGUCCUGGAGUUUAGUCUGUGGGGCCCGGCAGACGUAGCACUGGGAGGACAACGCGAGCGGGAAUUGGCGCUCCAACGCUGGUUGGAUCUGGAGCGAGCGACGGUGUUGCAUGCCUUGGUGCGAGCGCGCGCCCAGUUGAGCGUGGCCGACGAGUACCAGCUGCUGUUUCUCGUCCGCACGAGCGCGAAGGUGAUGAGCGAGGCGUCGCUGUUGCUCAACAAGCAGAGCUGCACGUGAUUUGGACAGUUUUUCAUGGACCCGGUGAUAUUCGAGCUUUCAACGCAACAGAAACGAGCUUAUCAAGUUGACGUGUUGUUAUGAUGCUGCAAAUGUUUACGAGUGAUUUUUCACCAUGACUAAUUUUUAUUUGUUUUUGUAACUCAUUGUCACACACUGUACGUGCGAAUAAUCGAGUUUCAAACGAUUCUGUUUCAAGAGUACCAGUAGCUUUGUAAGUUGUACAUGCAAAGGAAUUAUACACAUAUAUUUUUAUACGUAAUUAUUAAUUAAUACU